AAGCUGCACGCGGCGGUGCUCGUAGCGUCGCCCCGCGGGGCCCUUCCAGAAGUGUCGAGCUAGAAUGCAGCAUCCCCGCCUCUGUCAGUGGCUGUGACGCCGGGGACCACCGCAGCGUCGCGCACGGCGCUGCUCCCCAGGACCGCGGUGGGACGACGCCUUCCGCGCCCCAACCCUUCUGUUGAGUCUUCAAGUCCAGGAGGUUCAGCAACAUCUGAUGACCAUGAAUUUGAUCCAUCAGCUGAUAUGCUGGUGCAUGACUUUGAUGAUGAACGGACAUUAGAAGAGGAGGAAAUGAUGGAAGGAGACAGAAACUUCAAUUCUGAAAUAGAGGAUCUUAACAGGGAAAGCGAUAUGCCAAUCCAGGAGCUGCUUAGCCUUUAUGGCUAUGAUGGCACCAUUCCACUCCAAGAAGAUGAUGAUGAUGAAGAUGAGGAAGAGGAAGAGGAGGAGGGAGAAGAUGAUGAUGAUGUUGAUAACGAUGACAACAGUGGCUGCAGUGGUGAAAACAAAGAGGAGACCAUAAAGGAUUCAUCAGGUCAGGAAGAUGAGACACAGUCAUCUAAUGAUGACCCAGCACCAUCAGUUGCUUCUCAAGAUCCACAGGAGUUGAUUCGCCCUCGUCGAUGUAAAUAUUUCGAUACAAACAGCGAAAUAGAAGAGGAGUCUGAAGAAGAUGAAGAUUAUAUUCCCUCAGAGGACUGGAAAAAGGUAAAUAUUAAGGAAAUCAUGGUGGGCUCUAUGUUUCAAGCUGAAAUUCCAGCUGGCAUAUGCAGAUACAAAGAGAAUGAAAAAGUGUACGAGAACGACGACCAGCUGUUGUGGAAUCCUGAUGUCUUACCAGAAGAUAAAGUGAUUGAGUUCCUAAACGAGGCAUCACGGCGCACAGGUGAUGAGAAGGGCCUGGAUGCCAUUCCUGAGGGAUCUCAUAUUAAGGACAAUGAGCAGGCGUUGUAUGAACUGGUUAAGUGCAAUUUUGAUACUGAGGAAUCUUUACGAAGGCUGAGGUUUAAUGUGAAGGCAGCCAGAGAAGAAUUAUCUGUUUGGACAGAAGAAGAAUGUAGGAACUUUGAACAAGGGCUGAAAGUCUAUGGCAAGGAUUUUCAUGUCAUUCAGGCAAAUAAGGUACGAACAAGAUCAGUUGGUGAGUGCGUAGCAUUUUAUUACAUGUGGAAGAAAUCAGAGCGCUAUGAUUUCUUUGCACAACAGACGAGAUUUGGAAAGAAGAAAUACAAUCUUCAUCCCGGCGUAACAGAUUACAUGGACCGCCUCCUAGAUGAAAGUGAAAGUGCAGCCUCCAGCAGAGCUCCGUCCCCUCCGCCCACAGCCUCCAACAGCAGCACCAGCCAGUCUGAGCGAGAGGACAGCACCACCAGCAACAGCAACCAGAAUGGGCUGUCUGCUAAUGGGCCGGGAGAGAUACCAAGUAAGGAUGAAGCAAAACCAGAAGGACUGCACGUCAACGGACCUACUGGUGGCAAGAAAACCCCUCACACAGACCUGGAUACAAAUGGGUAUGAAACUGAAAGUCUUUCCCUUGACCCCAAAGUUGCUCAUUCAACUUCAAAAAGUGAAAAUGAUUUUGAAGAAAAAAAUGAAAGACCUCUAAAGAGAAGAAGAAUUAAUAGCAAUGGUAAAGAGAGCCCUGGUUCGUCAGAGUUCUUCCAAGAAGCAAACUCCCAUGGGAAGCUGGAAGAGCUGGAAACAUUGGAUGACUGAAUAAUAGGAGCAGAUUUUAUUCCUUGGAGUAAAUCUUGGGUGUCUAAAAUUUUCAGGGUUGAUGGGUUACCUUGCAGAAUCCAGUUCCAUAAAAAACACUGCUGAGAUUUUUCUAAUAGCUUCUGGUCAGCUCCGCAGAUCUGCUUCUUUGGUUGCGUCAGUGCUGAAAAGCAGCAGCAGAAUAUUCUGUUCCUGAGGUGCCAGCUGCAGCUCUGGGAACACGGAGGCACUUAGGAGCAUUUGAGAAACAGAUCAGUGAUUUUCUGUAAAAAUGCUUCCAGCCAGCAGGAAAUUGGGUGUAAGUUGAUCUGAGCAUUGCACAGGUGAACAAAGCAGGGGCUGGUUACAAUUUCUGAUCGUUGGGGGAAGUUAAAACGAAUCCCAAAUCCCAAGACAUGCACAGAGUAGGCACAGAGACUCCUAACAGAGAGCAGCACGUGUCACCUGGCUGGUAAGGAACCCGCAUGAAUCCUGAAAGUUACGAGCACAACUAUUUUUAUAUAUAGAAGUUUUAAAAGGUAAAUAAACCAGGUCAGGUUUGUCUAUGUAAAAUUGUUGACAUCAAUGAUGUCUUUCCAUAUUCUUAUCUGGGCUAAAGAAAUACAUUCUGUAUUUUUCCAGAUUUCUUUGUAGCCUUUGAAAGAUUUUUACAGUACUUAACGUCUUGAUCAAACUGUCCUUUCUUAAAACAAAAGCUUGUAUAAUUUUCUUAGCUUGUACAGUUGGUAAACUUUUAUGAGAGAAUUGAUAUCCUGAGUCUGAUGUCAGCUUCAUUUUAUUUUGCUGAAGUCUUUUCUAAGAAAAAGAAAAAAAAAAAAGCAACCACAAAAAAAAAAAAGAAGCCAAACCAAACCAACUGACCUAGAAAAAAACGCUUCUCAGGCACCAACGUGGUGUUGUCUUCUCUAAAGCAGUAAGUCACAAACAUCAAGAAUGGUUAGAAGUCAUUUGAUUUUAAAAACAUGCUUUUUCUUACUUGUUUUGUGACAGCAAUGCAAAAGAUUUGUUAGGCACAGCGCUCGCCUUGCACAAGUUCUUUUGCUUUCCUUAUACAUUUUCUCCUUUUAUUUUGAGCUCGGAUGAAUUUCGUGUCAGCCACAUGCUGCAGUUUGCCACACCGUGGUCACUGAGAUCAGCUGUGAGAUUUUCACCUCCGCGUCAGAGGAGAGAAGGGGAUGGGUGAGGUGGUGCCAGCAGUGGGGCAGCUGCCUCCAGCCACUGCAGACCCCACAGGGGUGGAUGUUUCAGAGGAAGCAGCACUGCCAUGUAUAAAUGCAUGGCACAGAACAUAUGCAGCUGUACAGCUGGUGUGCAGCACAUCACCUGCUGAAGGAGGGAACUGGCACAGAGAACUCUGUGCUAGGAGCUCUAUCACUGCACGUGGCAUGGGGUGAUACUCACCUUCCCACUGGCCCCAGCUUAAGGUUGUUGAUGUAGGGUUACAUCCAUAACAUAGAAAUAUCCUUAAUAUCAGUGUUUGUUUCUCUUAAAACAAAGGAACAAAAACCUCAAGUUCUGGUUUGUUUGUUGUUGUUUUUUUUAAGCUGCAGCUACACAUCCUGCUGUAUUAAAAAUAGGAAAAAGUGUUUGUAUAAUUCAUAAUCUUGUCUCCUCCUGCACUUGUUUUCACUAAGACGAUCUUGUAAGUUUAUGAGGUUUCACAAUAUCAGCUUUAAACGUGUGGUCCUACGGUUGGAAAAGCACCUGCACAGGGCUGUGCUCCUCAGCCACGUGCACUCAGACUGCACAGUGAGGGAGGAGCUGCAGCUCUGGGUGCAGCCCAGCUCUGCCAACACAAGGAAGCACAGUGCUGUAAGCUGCUGUGAUGUAGAGCAGACACCCACCUGGGAUUAGGCAGCAGUUGUGGGAGGCACACAGGUGGGGGGAUGGCUCCUGCACAUCCCACAGCAGGGCUGGGCUUCCAAAGAGGUUGCUGUUGGUUUGGCAAUCUCUUUCAGUAACAGAAACCCAAAGUGUUGCAGCCUUCCCAUGGAGAUGGGCUUUAGGUGGUUGCAGUCUCAUCUUUCCCCUUACAGCCCUAUUUUCUAUUUUAUGGUUACACAUUUUUGUUUGCGAGUUGGAAAUACUUCCAAAAAUUUAUAGGAAAGUUUAUAAGUAAGUUUAUAAGUACAUUAAUUGUCUCAGGCUUGUGUGUGAAAUACAGCACCGUGUAUAUUUUCAGGAACAUUGCUUUGUUUUUCCUUACCUUUUUCUGGUGAUAAUAGAAGAGACAUUCCAUAAUCAACAAGUACGUAAUGCUCAGCUAGACUUUAAGAAUAUUUAAUUGUAAUUUACGUUUUGUUCAUGCUGGCGUUUUAUAUGCAAUACUUGUUCACGUUCUUCAACCUGCAGCCACUGUCACUUGAUAAGUCAUUGCACUACUAAGGCUAUUUAAAUUAAUUCUAGACAUUUAGCAACUGGUUUUAUUUAGAAAGCAUUCAGUACAAGUGGAGCCCAGGAGGUGUUGAACUCGGUUCCAAGCUGCAUGGGACAGAGCACAGAUCACAGCACGCCAUGCAGGUCGGGGCUCCACGCAGCCUGAGCUGCAGCCACUCCAACUGAACGGAGCUCCGUGGGGCACCUGAAGGGUGGAAGCGGUGUCAAAGACAAAGGACACAGCCACGCAGACUUCACAAUUAGUUUUUAUACGUUUUGUCACACAUAGUAAUUUUGCACUGUUAGUACUUCCCCUCGUCUUAACCCUGUUCCCUGUCUGCAAUUCUAAGAAAGCUUAUUAAAAUAUUUUUGUAAACAUA